CUUUCAACAGCAACCAAAUCAUCCAACAAUCAGUAAACCUGUGAUGUAUGCAACUUAUCACCGCCAUGUUCGUUUCUGAACAACCGGACGCCGAUCCUAUGUUCGCCACACAUACUAACUUCACAUAUUACGACACCCAUCUGCCUCCAUCUCAAGGACUUGAGAGGGUCAAAUCUUGAUGCCUGGAGGAGUUCAUCGGUAUCUUCAAAUCCGCAAAGCUUCCAUGGCUUCAUGAUUGACCAUAUUACCAACAUAUCAUUCUAAGCAUCGCUUACAAGCAGUCGUAAGCAAUUCAAGGCAACCAUUUAUUCAAGCUGUAUAUAUACCUCUAUCAAUUCACUACAAUGAACCCCAACAAUCACAAUCGAAGUCCUCUUUCUUAAGAAUCAAAUUGAAUCCAAUCAAGUUCGCCAUGUCUGAAUCUGCAACUUCCACCAUCGCUGGGAAUUUCCCCACACGUGUACAGCACCUUCUCAACAAAUUUUUUGAGAUCGGUAUGAAGAUUGAGCCAGAGUCUGGCAAAGACUUCGUCGGAUUGUUCACCAAGGACGGUGUUCUCAAGACGCAUGAGACUGUUGUUCUACGCGGUCAUGACGAGCUUGCUACCGUGCAUGCCAAACUCCAUCCGGCAUUGGAGUCUCGCUGGCACACUGUCUCGGGAACUUUUGUUUCGACCUCUUCGCCAGACACCGAUUUUGCCGUUUUGGGUCGCUUCAAUGAUGUACUAAAGGAUGGUAACGUGGUUGGCAUGGAUUUUACUGCACGCUUCAUCGUUAAGGAGGAAGACGGAGUCGAGAAGCUCGGAUCAGUCAGGGUUUGGACUGAUCCAGCGGAAAUGUUGGCUGCGUUCAAGAACGCAGAGCAGUCUCUCAACCUCAAGCAUGAAUAGUUCCCGAGUCGUUGGUACUUAUGGACUUUCCAUUUCUGCUAGUAGUACAACUACAAAUGUCACCGUAGGAAAAAUACGAGUUCCGCUC